AUGAAGCUUACAAGCAUCGUCGCCGCCAUCCUCGCUGGAGCGAACGUCGCUGUCAUUGCCAAAAGUUGCAAGCAAGGCGGGGUCUACUGCGGACAAUCUCUGCUGAAGAGAGGAAAUUACCAUGAUCAUAUUGUUGAGACUCUCGAUGCCGAAGGCCAGUCGACCGACGAUGUCCAUAUCCGUAACUCCCUUUUUGACUGUCUCAGCAACGGGGACAUUCGCUACCGCGACUAUUGCUACAAAGGCUGUGGCGGUAUUGACAGCAAAGACGCGGACUAUUGCCUUUGA